AUGCUUGGAAGCCUGAUCCGCAUCCAAACCCCAGCGGAACCUCGGUCCCCCGGGGACACCUGUCGUGUAGAUGGCCGCACCCGCGGGCAGCGCCUCCCGCCUCCCUGGCUCAGAGUCCGGCUCCGACGGACGUGGCGGCCCGGCGGGGGGCGCCGUCUUGCAGCGCGCCGGCCGGGGUCCACAUGCCCGCCCCAGCCGCAGGUGCGGGAGCCGGGGGCGCGGGGAGGGCAGGGGGCGGGACGGGGGCGGGGCGGGCAUGCGCAGUGGGGCGGCGGCCGCCGCGGGCGGGGCGCUGUUUACCCGCAGCCGGGCCAAGUCCGCGGCGCCGCGAGCGCGGGGCCGGCUGCCGCCGCUCCGAGCCGAGCCCGCCUCCCGCUGCCCCGCGCCGCCCGGCCCCGGCGGGGGAGGAUGCCAGACGUGCGGGCGCGGCCGGGGCGGCGGCGGCGGGGACGCGAUGGGGGCCGGCGGGGGCCGCGCGCGCCGCAGGCGGCCGGGCUGCGGGCUGGCGUCGGCCGGGGCCGCGGCGCUGUUGGCCGGGGCGAGCUGCCUGUGCUUCGGCCGCUCACUGCGCGGCGAGUUCGUGCACGACGACGUGUGGGCGAUCGUGCACAACCCCGACGUGCGGCCCGGCGCCCCCCUGCGCUGGGGCGUCUUCGCCAACGACUUCUGGGGCAAGGGCAUGGCCGAGAACACCAGCCACAAGUCCUACCGGCCGCUGUGCGUCCUCACCUUCAAGCUCAACAUUCUGUUGACGGGCAUGGACCCAUUCUACUUUCACGUGGUGAAUGUGAUCCUGCACUGCCUGGUGACGCUCGUGCUGAUGUACACCUGUGUACAUCCGGUCUUCCGGACCGGGGCCUUGCCUUUGUGACGGCCUUGCUGUUCGCUGUGUACCCUGUUCACACCGAGGCGGAGUCUGGACCAGCAUGGUGCGGGGGGCUGUCUCCCUCCUGCAGCUUCACCCUUCUUCCUGCUGCUCAGUUUGCUUCUGGGGACCUGCGCAAUGCUGGUGAAGGAGACAGGUGUCACGGUGUUUGGAGUGUGCUUGGUUUACGACUUUUUUUCCCUCUCCUACAAGCAGGACCAGUCACCUACAAGAUUAUCAAUUUUGCCCCCAGUUUACUUCGGAUUAUAAUCUCUGACCAUGUGGAAUUCCCAGUACGCCAGGCAGCGCCCAUGAAGUAUUUCCAAGGCAUGAAAACUCACUUGCUUUUCCACAGAAAUGCACAGUAUGUGACCAUGGUGGAGCAGAGGAUGAAAGGUUCUUCAGGGAUGAGCCUUGGUUCAUUACUGAGAAACCCAGAGGGGCUGUCUCUUUGCAUGAGAAAGCCUCAAGAAUCAGCAGCGACUCGGGUUCAUGAGAACAAAGCUAAGACAAUUUCAAAAACAGAAGAAGUCUGACCACUCUCCAGUGGACAAAAGAGUGCAUGAGUUGAAGGAGGUUCGGGACAAGAAUGCUGAGAAGCUUCCUGUAAAGUUGAGCGAACUGAAGAACUGCAGGGUCCCGCAGCCCCGAGCAGGGCCCUCCAGGGCAGAGGAGCAGCUGCUGUUGGAGCUGCAGCAGGUGAGAUCAGAGCUGGAGUGCCUCUCAGGGCAGCUAAAGACCACCCAG